AUGAAAAAAGAAUUUGAAUAUAUAGUUAUAGAUGCGCUUUCGUUUUAUGAUGUUGGGGGGUCUCAAUCCGGAAAAAAUGCAGAAAAUGUUUAUCAUGCCUUUUGCUUGGGAAUGUUCGUUGUUGCUCGUGAUCGAGGCUAUAUCGUUCAUUCUAAUCGUGAGGCUGGUAUGGGAAGAUAUGAUGUAAAAAUAGUUCCAAAAUCGGGUGUCGGUGAGAUGGCUAUCAUUAUUGAAUUUAAAAUUGUUCAUGAUAAUAAAAGUUUGAACAAUGUGGCUCACGAAGGAUUAUGUCAAAUUGAAAAGAAGCAGUAUCGAGCAGGUCUACAAGACGAAGUCAAAAGACUUCUGGAAAUAGGAAUUGCGUUUGAAGGGAAAAAAGCAUGUGUAGUAGGGCAUUUAUUACAUAGAACUGAGGAUAGAGAAUGGAUCAAAUCCUUAUAA